CGUUCAGUCGCUCUUCGUCCACCGUCCUCGCGCGAGCUUUGUUUAGAAAAUCCCAACAUCAUCACCGAUGAAACAGUCAGAAUGACAAAAAAUUCGCGCACACAAUAAUUGAAUCAAUCACCGACUGGAUUUUAAACACUCUAAUUACCUACUAUAAGAAUAUUUAUUAAAUCGGCGACUCUUGACCAGCUGGUAAAUCUCAUUUACUCUCAAAUUCGUUUCAAACGAUAUAAUGAGCACUGUUUUUUUUUGGAUAUUAAAAAUCUCGCGUUAAUUAGAUCAAAAAUAAAUGACAAGAAUAUUUGUCAUGUGAUACGCAGUCAGCUGCAUUCCUUUUUGUAAUGUAGGAACUCAUUCGUUAUUCACGUUGAAUAAAAUCCCGCGCGUGGUUAUAAUUCAAACCAGACCUACAAACUACGUAGCUUUGAAUAUAUUUGAAAUCGUCAUUCUUUUUUCGUCUGGUUUUGAUUUUUUCAAUAAUCGAACAACCAUAGGUUGAAAAUCAAUAAAAACAAUAUAUACAAAUAAAUAAGAAGAGGAACCAAUGUGAUCGGAGCUCUGUUGCAUAACUCAAUCGAUUUGUUGUGCAUAGUGUAAUUCGAAUUCAUCUGUAAAACAGAAAUGACCGGAUGAAAAAUUCAGUAAGAUGUUAUGAGACCUCAUUCGCUCAACCCUCUGAACAUUCUACUUCUUAUUUGUCUUUUACCCUCUUCUUCGUGACGACAUGACGGAAUUAAACCAAACACUUGAUGGGGUGAAACCUGCGCAUUGAAUGAAACGUGCCUGUAACAGAUUCAUUGAGUCGCUGUGUCCGAAUCGUCGUUAAUUGAAACAAACGGCUGAUGAGUUAAUGACAAAAAAUAACAAACACGUGACUUUAAUCAAAGUGUUCUGGUACCGUAGGCAGUGAUGCUCAUAUUCUCUUACGAUUAAUAAUGUGAAACAACCUCGUUGAAUCAUUUAACCAGUGAUAUAAUACGACAAAAGGUAACAGCGGUGGUAGGACCAUAAUUUGUGCCUGCAAACUGGAAAGUGUUGGUAGCAGAUUACGGCUGCAGUUUGUAGCAGGUAUGUGUGAUGCUGGCGACGUGGUGGCGUCGCCAAUCCCAAGUCUGGCCCUGGUCCUGGAGGUGGAUGCUGGGACAAGAAGAUCAACGAGGGACCGACUCCGGGAGAAGGAUAUCGUGACCCAUGUGGACUUACAUGAUGGCCGCUGCGAGCGCUGACCCUUUGGCAGCACAUACGAGACGCCUCGCAGCUUCUCACAGACCCCAUCGUGAACCUCCGAACCAAAUUUCACUCAAUAAUCAUGUGCCUCCCACAGACUCUUGCAGUCAAACAACAACAACAACAACCACAACCACGCAGUUGGAUAUCCCGAGAGAAGAUGGAGGGAUCGCUCGACUGUCCGGUACGGAAAGAUGCCCGGACACCGAGUCAUCAGAAGUUAUUCGUAUCCUUGACCCGCCCCGGACGGAUCAGGAGGUGGGUGCGACGGAGGAUUCCUGCGGUAGCAUCCGGAAUUCGGAGAGGCUACGUCGUCGCCUCCAUCGUCUCACCAAUCGUCUUCAGACGAUGUGGAGAUGUCGUCCAAGAAAACGGAAAAAAGAUCGCGAACCUGAUGGUUUCCUAGCGAAGUUUCAAGGCAGCGGUGCUUCUGCCUCGCCGGAACAUAGCGCCACGUGCUGCUGGGGACAUCGCCUCGCCAUUGACCCAACCCUCCCAUUUCACUACAGAUGGCUGCUCGUCGUGUCAUUGGCAGUUCUUUACAAUCUGGUGUUCGUUGUGGGUCGCGCUGUAUUCUGGGAGUUGAACAACGCGGUCCCCGGGGUAUGGUACCUCCUGGACUACGUCUGCGACGCCAUUUACCUUUUGGAUAUUAUCGUUCACGCUCACGAAGGCUACCUGGACCAGGGGUUGAUGGUGAGGGACGCGAAAAGGCUCAGACAGCACUACUUCAAGACUGCUAGAUGGAGGCUGGAUUUUCUCGCUAUUUUUCCCACGGAUCUGGCCUACUUCUGGUGGAACCCAAGCUCCUGUCAAGUACAGGUACCUUGUCCAGUUAUCGUGAGGACCAAUCGAUUACUGAAGUUGUCCCGAAUGUGGCAAUACUUCGAAAAGACUGAAACCCGAACCGGAUACCCGAAUGCCUUUAGGAUAUGCAAGGUCGUCCUCGCCAUCCUCGUUUUGAUUCACUGGAACGCAUGUCUCUACUUUGCUAUCAGCUACGUCGUGGGAUUUGGCUCUGACAAUUGGGUUUACAACCUGAAUGGAGCCAGAAAUGCUUCCCUCGCUCGACAAUACAUCUAUAGUUUUUAUUGGAGCACGCUCACCUUGACUACCAUCGGUGAAACACCGCAGCCGGAAAAUGACGCGGAGUACCUUUUCGUCGUGGCUGAUUUUCUCGCCGGUGUUUUGAUAUUUGCGACGAUCGUCGGUAACAUCGGUAGCAUGAUCAGUAACAUGAACGUGGCAAGGGUUGAAUUUCAGAACCGUAUGGACGGCGUCAAGCAAUACAUGCAAUUCAGAAAAGUCUCAACAGAACUUGAAGCGAGAGUGAUAAGAUGGUUCGCUUAUACCUGGGCGAACAAACAGGCGUUGGACGAAGAGCGAGUGCUCGGCGCUCUCCCCGAUAAGCUGAAAGCAGAAAUAGCGAUUCACGUUCACCUGGACACCUUGAAGCAGGUUCGGAUAUUCCAGGAUUGUGAGCCCGGAUUACUCGAGGAAUUGGUGCUUAAACUACGCCUUCAGGUGUUCAGCCCCGGGGACUAUAUAUGCCGCAAAGGAGACGUGGGUAAGGAGAUGUACAUAGUGAAAAGGGGGCGUUUAAUCGUCGUAGCUGACGACGGGAAAACGGUCCUGGCCACUCUCGGGGCAGGAAGUGUCUUCGGAGAAGUAAGCGUUCUCGAAAUCGCCGGCAAUAGAACCGGGAACAGAAGAACGGCAAACGUGAGAUCUUUAGGAUAUUCGGAUUUGUUUUGCCUCGCAAAAAGAGAUCUUUGGGAAGCUUUGGCUGAUUACCCAGACGCGAGGCAUUCAUUGACGGAGAGAGGGUGUCAACUUUUACGAAAAGACGGACUUCUUGACGAGGAGGUCUUCCAAGGUGCUAAACAGGCCAAGGACUCCAUCGCCGACAAAAUUGAUCGUCUCGAAAACACCGUGGACAAUCUUCAAACUCGAUUAGCUCGACUUCUUGCGGAAUAUUCGAGCAGCCACGCGAAAAUGAAGCAACGUCUGGCUCGCGUGGAACGUCGAGAAUCCUCAUAUCCAAGCGACAGCUGCAGCGAUCUGGAACUAGACGAAGAACAGGGAGCCACCGGAGGUGAAAGCACGUCCGUUAAUCAACUUCGUCGUAGUUUUCAGAGAGCCAAGAGAAAUAAUUGUACCAGAAGAUACAAGCAAAACACGGUUUAGCCUUCAUUGCAAUUUAUAGUUUUUUCUGGACUACCUACUUCAAAAAAGGGAAAAAGCAAAAACCAAUUAACAACAUAUACCUAGACUCUCACUCGCAAUUUCACGCCCUUCCCUUUCCUUUUUUUUUUGAUUCCCAUCGUACCGUAAAUGCAAAAUUUCAAUAUAAUUCUCGAUCUCGACCAAAGUUAACGUCAUUGACAACAAAAUGGAAAUAUUAUCACGUGGCUUCUAGUUAUAUAUGUGUAAAAUAUUAUACUACACGAUGGCCUAAAAAAGGACGUUACUUAUCAAACGAUUAACCGUGUACUGUAUGAAAAAAAUGCAUCGGGAUCAAACGGUGCAUAUUUAGUGAUUAUUGGUAAAUUACCGGUGAAAAGAAUCUGCUGGCAGGUUCUUGAAAAUCGAUGGAUUGCGAAAGGCAUAAGUAUACAUUAGAUAAUAAAUCAAUAAUUAUAUAGACGGAUCAAAUUAAAAUGAAGAUAAAAAUUUACGAAUAAAAAAACAGAAAACAGAACGGACAUAGAAGUAAAUAUUUAAUGAAAUAAAUAAUUGAUACAUAGGUGCUAAAAUAAAGAUAUUUUUAGAUGAACGAUCAUCGGUGUAUAUGGUAAGCUCGGAUUAAGUUCACGUAGAACAUUUAUUAUACGUACAAAAAUAGAAAAAAAAAAAAAGAAGAUGACGAAUGAACAGAGGUGAUGACACGUUGAUAUUAUUUUUUGUUCGGGUAGCGAAAUUCAUAAAUAAAUUUUAUUCGGAAAAUUCACCCUCCAACUUUUCGCGAAUCUACCGGAUAUGGUCUCUCUUAUCGCCUUCGUACUGUACGGACGUACCGCUAUCGGGAACUUGACUUUUUCAGCAUACGCGUAUACGUAUACAAGAGAUAAUAAAUAAACAAAUAAAUUACUAGGGAAGGUGAAAAUUGCGCUUCCUCGCCGAGGCCGAGAAAAACAUGAGACAGGGAGCUGUGUAGGUACAUAACGUCUAUGUACAUUAUAGGUACUUCGUUCUCGUCAUCCGCCCCCGCAAUCCAUCUAACUUGAAAGUAGAUGAAGCGAGAAAUGAGAACCAGAGAACCGCGAGGGGUGCGUUUCGCGGGGAUCAGCCUCUCCUUUCUCCCCUCUUUUGCCGCUAUUUUUUUAAUUCGUUUAAUGAAAAAUGAUUCGCGACAACAAAUUCUGUCCCGGCGUCCGAUCUUCUUUUUUUGCGUUUACUUUAACAGGAGUAUAGGUGGUGGAAUAAGUAAUCGAAGAAGUUUUCUUCAACGUAUGUACAACGGGUUACAUCUGAUUCAUUGAUAUUGAUGAAACGGAAGAGAAAUCGAAAAGGUUUCUCACCUGAAAAAUACUUCUACACGAUAUGAUUGGACAACGGUACUCUUUCGAUUGGUCUUCGGUUGUAUCGUUGAAAUAAUAUUAUAAUUAUAUAUGCAAGAGAUAAUUAUUUAAAAUUAGUGAAUUAUGAUUAUCUAUAUCAUAGAGCACCGGCAGUGCAUUGAUUUUCUGCCCAUUCAUUACACAUGGGGUGAAUAAAUAAUAUGAUUAAACGAUAUGCGAUACAUGACGAUGGAAAACAAUUUACAGGUAUACUAUACAUAUAAUAGCGUAAAAUCGCGUGUAAAUGUCUACCGCAUAUUACGUGUGAUUAUAAAAUUAGAUGUUAAAAUAAUAAAAUUAUGUAAAUACACAGAUAUACGCUGAUACAUAUACAUAAUUAUAGGUAAAUGUAUGACGAUAAAAAUAAUAUACAUUCUAGGGUUUUAAUAUUAAUUAAUGAUAUGAAAUGUAAUGAAAUCAAUUAAUUGAUGUAUAUAAAUAUAUGAAUAUAAGCGAACUAUUACACACGUAAUAGCAUCAAAAUGUUUUUCAGAAGAGUGGGUCAUAUUAUAGGUAUAUUGUAUGUACACGUGCGUGUACAUAUAAUUAUAAUAUACAAAUAAUGUGACUAGUUACAUAUCUAUUUUCAUAUGUUAUGCCGUUGUAUAUUAUUAUAUUAGUCCUCGGCAAUGUACAUGAAUGUUAAUCAUUGAAUAGAAAAUUUUUGUAUCGGGCACUGUAUAAAAUAAACAAAUCAAUAAAUAAUAA